GUGAACAAAGAGAAUAAAAAGAUAAUAUGCUUUAGAAACAGAUGAGAUUAGGGAGUGUACACGGGGAGUGUACUUUUGAGUGUCUUCUGUGUUAACCAAUCAAAUUCCUUUUAUGAUCUAACCCAACACGCUCAGUUCACCUCCUUAACUUACUGAAACCCCCAAGAAGGAGCAGUGUCAAGAUGGUGGUGUUAUGGAUGAUGUUGCUUCUUCUUCAUCAAGGAGAUUCUCUGGUUCCAGUGAAAAUGGUUCAGCUUGGUGAACCAGCAACCUUAAAGUGUGAUACACCCAAAGAGAUCAGGAGUAAAGUAUACUGGUACAGGCAGAGUGUUGGGGAUACACUUAAAUUAAUUGUGACACUAUAUCGAGAUACAGAACCUGUGUAUGAUUCUGCAUUUUUGAAAUCAAGAUUUUCUGCAAAGAAUGCAAACAAUUUUAGCAAACUGACUAUUUUGGAGACGGUCCAAGAGGAUGAGGGAAUUUAUCAUUGUGGAAUGACAGCAUGGCAUAAUCUUGAAUGGAGUGGAACAUAUUUGUUAGUUAAAGGAAACACUGAAAGGACAUCAAACUAUAUUGUUGUACAGCAGCCAAUAGAAUCAAAUCCAGUGUGUCCAGGAACCACGGCAAAUCUACAGUGUUCAGUUCUCUCUGAUUCUGAGAACAAGACAUGUCCAGGAGAUGAUAAUGUUUUGUGGUUCAGAACUGGAUCUAAUAAAUCUCAUCCAAACAUCAUUUACACUGAUGGAAAUAGAACGAAUCGAUGUGAGAAAAGAUCUGACCAUCAGAAAACAUGUUUUUAUCAACUUUCUAAGAAUGUCAGCUCCUCUGAUGCUGGGACUUACUACUGUGCUGUGGCCACAUGUGGGGAGAUAUUAUUUGGAAAUGGAACUACACUGGAUAUUCAAGAAAGCAGUGUGUGGUCACAGACAGCCAGUACAGUUGUUUUUCUGCUCAGUGCUGUCAUGUGUAUAAGUCUCUUUAUUAUUGCUGUCCUCAUUUACAUAACCAAGAAAAACAACAGUGAUCAUCACAAAGCUCCUGGUAAUGAUCAGAAAACACAACAGGACAUUUCCCAGAUUAAGGACACACAGAUGUUUUCUGCUGUUGUCUUUGCCGUGAUCAAAGUUGAUAUUUGCACAACAAAGGUUGUGAAUGCAGCAGACGAGCAGCAGAUCUAUACAGCUGUCAAAGCUUUUGGGCUGGAUUAGAGCUACUUACCAUUGCUUGGUAUGAAACAAUCUACAUUACGGGAUUUUUACAUCUCAUAGAUAAUACGCUUUUAUGUGUUGAAGUUCUGUUGUAGUUCUGUACAUAUUCGCACACACAUCUAAUGUGUACGUCUGUUGUUUUUCUCUGUCUUAUUUACAUUAUCAUUAUUAUUAUUAUUAUUAUGUGCUGCCUUUAAUGAAGCCCAAGUAAAAAAAAAAAAUCCUCCAAACAAAUCAAAGUAAUUAUGUUAAAAAUUGCUUUCUUUCCUCACAUUUCCCAUUUGUUUUCCUUAACAUUUCAGCAAAUUAGUGCAAGGUUGUUUUAAAGUAUUAAUUUAAGUAAUAUUCCAUUUUCAGGGUGAUAUCAACUCACAUUGAAAAUGUUUACCCAGUAAUCUCACCCCACAGAGUUGAUUGAAGGGUAAUUUCAUCUCAGACCAGCACAUUUUUUUAGACUGUCUCUGAUAGUGUAGCAGUAGUCUCUGUUUUACUGCCUUACUUUCAGUUCAUGUAUUUUGUUUUGCACUAUGCAUAUUUUAUAUGCCAUUAGAUCAUUCUCAUGUAGGAACUAUUGUACUGCAUGUUGGUUCCACUGGUGCACCUGAGGGAGAUGCAUGCCCAUGUUGAUGUGUGAGCAUGGCAAGUUGAAGCAAGAGAAUUUAAUUCAGAGAAAGUUGUUUCUUAAAAGUAUCUGUAAAGUGCUCAUUUCUGCCUCAAAGCAUGGGUCAGCCAGCGAGGUAUGUAUGUAUGUUAUAUAGAUCAUUUUAUGUCUUUAUUUCACUCGUCUUACUAUUUCAUUGAAUUUUAUGUUAUGUUUUAGUUCGACGGUGGCGUAGUUUGUGAUCAAGGUGAAGCUGUAACAACCCCAAGACCUUACAACUAACAUUAAAGCCAACUUCAUGCCAUCAGUAAAAGAACUCUUUAUUGACUUUGAGAAGAGGUAGAAGUGAUACUCUGCAUAAAACGUUUUUGAACUUCGUACACAUAGCGUUCUGUGUUGUGUUAGAACCAAGAGCAGCCUAAAGAAAACAUCUGUUAAAACCUUGUAUUGACUCUGAAUCUGAAUAUUAUGUAGAAAAGGUAUUUAAAUAUAUUUAUUCUUUCAAGGUUAAAAAAAACAACAACAACAUUAAAAUACCUGCAUAGAGACUAUAGAAAUAUAAAACUAUGCUUGAAAUCACAGAAUUUCAUCAUGAAGUCUGUGAUAAAUAAAUUUUUUAUGUACUAUAAUCAGUGCUUAUGUUCAAGCUGGAGAGAUUAUACCUCUCGACUGGUCUCCCCAGACAAGCUAGAGGAGGUGGCUGAGGAGAGAAAGGUUUGGGUUUCUCUGUUUAGGCUGCUGCCCCAGCGACCCGGACCCGGAUAAGUAGAAGAAGAUGGAUGGAUGGAUAAAAACUGUUGGAAACAAAUUUAAUUGUGUUACACUGCAUAUCCUUGCAAGAUGAGAGAAUAUCAUGCUUUUUUAUGCUAAAACUUGUUAACCAAACUUGACUCUUCCCUCUUUAACGUUAUACGACACCGUUGUCGAUCGACAGUUCUUCUUGUCUGUUGACUAAAAAGGUGUACAAACCCCUGUUUGGCUUAACAUAUUGAUCCUCCAUCCCAUCAGCGUUAUGAAUGCUUUUAUUGUGAAAAAUUGUUGAUCAUUAGUGGUGCUGGCAACGCCGCCUGUUGGCUGAUUGUGCUUCCUGUGAUGUCCAGUUAGUUGCCUGGGGUUUCAGCUGGACUACCUGCUGAUCAUGUUUACUUCACUUUUAAAUAAA